UUUCUCUUUCUUUUUUAAUUUACUCUCUCACUUUCGCUUUUUGUUAUUCCCUUGUUUCUUGUGCGGUUCAUCAAAAUCUAAUAUUCAUUUGUACAUUUAUUGUUGAUAUACGCUUUUCAUUUACUCGUUCGCUCGCUUUCUCUCACGCACAAACACAUUUUUUAUUGUCAUUAUAUCGAGCUUCCUGAAAAGCACGCAGCCGCACUGCUUAUCACACGCCUGGAAUACAUGUCACCCACGGCCAAGGCAAAGGCAAAGGCGAAAGAAGGGCCGGCCGAUCAACGCAAUGGAAUGCAAGCACAGCGGGAAGGUGAAGCUGUCUCUGAGCAUGCAUCUGAGCGAGGUGAUCGUCGUGCAUCGUCGGUUUCAUAUAUUUUCCAGACUAAGCUCGGACUUUUAAGCAGGUACCUGGAGGACCACACGACAAUGUCUCAGGACAAAAUUUCUGUGACGCCAGGACCUUCCGAAUCUCUUUCCAAGAAUGGCGCUGGCCCGUCGAGAGUUGCUGUGCCAGAGCUCGCACGAGAAUCUAAUGUGCAGGGGCAAAGAGGGAAGCAAACACUGCGCAAGAGCCUUCGCAACCCAAGCACGGCAAAUUAUGGCGAACACCCGGUCACAUAUAACGUACGUCCGAAGGACAGCGGGGGAGCAAACUUGACUACUAUCCAUGCCCAUCCGCAGAUAUUGGGCGCGAAAAAGCAAAAGCGUCUGGGAAUAUUCAACAAAGGCAAGGCGGUAGUUUCCAACGGCACAACAGGGAUUGCGUUUUCCGAGAGGGAGUUUCUGGCAUCUGCAAACAUCAACCGCAUCCGACUCGAUGGCGCAGAGCACGCCGCAAGAAACAAUAGUUCACCAGAUGCGCACCCUCAGUUGCACCAGGCACUCGCGGAUGACGAAGAGGACGCAGAUGUGGGCAGCGGCAUCAGACGUGAAAGCGAGGUAACUGGCAGAAGAAUGAGCGUGAGCAGGGAUAAUGUCGAAAGCAAUUUCUCACAGCACGACCACCAAUUGCCGAUACGCAUAGGCCCCACAAGUGAGGGCCCUCCUUGCCACAAUGCGUUCAGACAGCGAUGCAGAUCCUAUGGCCAUGUAUCAAACAUACAGGACACUGCGUCUUCCGCUGGGCAAAACCACGCGCAUUUUUCCGAUUCACCAUUUGGAUCGCAUACCUGGCUGUCACGGCAAGCUCGGAGCGUGCACCCCACACCGCCCGCAUCUGCUGACCGCGAAUAUGUGAUGUUUGGGGAGCAUGUCAGUGAUUGCGGGACAUCACCGGUGGCCAACGACACGACAAACAUCCGCUUCUUACAUCAAACAGACUUUUGCAGUUCUUUGCUUCUCGGAUCAAUAUCUGAUUGUUUGAACGAAAAUUCUGAGCUGCAGCCUACCCCGCUGUCCAGCAGCAACAGCAUGGAUCUGGACGUCAGUCUUCUAUUUGAAAGGCAGGACGCGUAUGCCACAAAUCCCUCGAAUUCAGAAUGUAACAUCAGAGACUAUUCGCUGGAUGCACUGUCUGGGUUUAACAGCAGUUUUUUUGCUUCUCAGGACCUGCCCUACAACAGGUGCGUAGGCGACAUCACGGUCGACGACCUUAGAGGCAGCCGGAAUGAAGUAAACACGCGCUCCUCGCUUCUUUACCCGCCGCUACUGUCUUACCACCACCAGCACCAGCAGAACUACGGAUUACCUAAUGAGGUGAGCGCACAAAGCUUUGACACACUGCCCGAGUAUGCACCACAGUUAGAGAUGCCGCCUCCGUAUCUAUCUAUGCACAGCAUGUCCUCUCUGGCCGCUGGAAACGACAGCAUAAACGAAAUUCGCCGGUUCAACCAGUCGCGCGCUUACAUUCCAAUAUCAGCGUACCCAAACAACCUUUUGCAAAGAAACCUUCUGCCAUACGGAGAUUUUGCCAUGACUAGCACCCCGCCAUACAGCGACAUACCUGUGGCAAACAGCUGCUCAAGCCCAAUUGAUUUUAGGUACUAUCCGCGCAGAAUGAACUAAUCAAUCAACAUGACAGCCCAAAUUGUAGUAUUGUUUUGCAAUUUUUGUAAUAAUAUUACAACUAUUAUAAUGAUUA